AUGGCAAAGAAUAGGGGCAAAAACAAGUUCGUUGUUGGCUCCUCUAGUGAGAGAGAGAACGUGCCAUCGGGGAGGUUACCGAAAUCUUCGAGGGGUCGACCUUCGGAGAGGCCGUUGGAGAAGAGUUCGAUUGGUUGGGAUGCUUCCGAAGAUGAACGUGCAACCUCUGGUGAGAGAGCUGGUUUUUCGGGUGUUCGUCGUCGUUACUCCGAGUUUCCAGUUCAUUGGUCGGAAGCUGAUCCGAAGGGCAAGUAUGCCUCAAUUUUGCAUGAGACCACGCAGAUCGACGGUCCGUUGGAGAAAUCGGUCAGCGGUGACUGGUUGGUGGAAGCGAAGUUAGGGAAUUAUCAUCGGAAGGCCGAGGAGCUAUACGGAAUUCAGCAUGCCUUGGGGUACUGGUGCGAGCUUCCUGAACAAGAGCGUCCUCGGGUGACUCAUCCACCGAGGGGGUUCAUUUCCGUGUAUACUCACCAUUUGGAGAAUGGUCUCCGCUUUCCUUUGGAUCCGUUCGUAUCCGAGGUUUUGGUGUCGUACAACAUUAGUUUGGCCCAGCUCACACCCAAAUCUAUGAGGCACAUAAUCGGAUUUAGAUGGGUGUGUGACUUCGUCAAUUUCCCUUGCUCUGUCGCUAUUUUUCGGGAUCUUCACGAUCUGGUUCUCAACCAUGCUUCCAAGGGUGAUGGGUAUGGUUGGUGGACCAUUGUCAACAAGAAGUCCCGAAAGAGGGGGGAUCCGAACUACAUCACGGCGUACCCCUACCUUAGCUCUGACCACAAUUGGAAGACGGAGUGGUUGCUCGUCCGUGUGCCGACGGAUCCGAAGCAUCCCAACUUUUAUCGUCCUCCGAAGUGGUUCGUGGCUCCUGAUCCUGAUAUGAGGGGUGUGGCGGCUCCAGAUCGGAACCAUCGCCACUAUGUGGACCUCCUCCAGUGGUUCUUGGCUCAAGAGGAUAACCACCGACUGCCGUCUAGCUGGCUCCCGAAUCUCAAUUACAUUCUGAGGGAGGACAUUCUUGCUGUUGCCGGUCUCAGCAGGAUUUUUGACAGGGAGUACGGCUUUAGCUGCAUUGAUCCUAAGAAGUUGGGCAUUUCUUUGGAUUUGAAGACUAUUCACGACCCGGCUCCCGAGUACAAGUUCGGAAAAGAUAACCCUCGUAAUCCUCGUCUGAAGGAUUACGUGUUGUCUCCUUUGGGGGUUGCUCGGAUAUCCGAAGUUCGAGCUGAUCCGUGGGAUUCCGCCUCUUCUGUUGAAGCUGUUCCUGUGAAGGUUGUGCUUCCUGAGUUGAAGACGACUUCGGAUCCGGAUCAACGCAAAAGGAAGGGUAGCACUCUUUUGAGGCCUUCCACGCAUCCGAAGAAAGCGAAGGCUUCUCAGCCCUCGGAGAAGGAAGCAGUUUCGGAAGUCAUGCCUCCUCCUAAGAAUCUUCUUCACUUCAUGCCCUUGCCAGGGCAGAAGUUAAAGAGUGUGGUGGUUGCUGAACCGCCGGCCGUGGAUCAGCCGCUGAUCGAGGAAGAUAUCAUCCCUUCUCCCCUUAAACCAUCUGCUGCUUUGGGGAUCGAAAUCCAGGAUAUCACCGAGGUGAUGGAGGCGAUUGAAGCCGAUUUUGUUCCUGGUUCGGAUGUCCCUGAGGUAGCUGGGGAGAAGAAGGAGUCUGCUGAUCUUCCCUUCGAGAGGGAGAAGAGUCCAGACAAGGAGAUGAUAGAUCUCUCGGGCCCCGAAGCUGCGGUCCCCGAGGUUCAGAAGGAGGUUCCCUCUGCUGGAGAGGAGGAGCAGCCCGAGCAAGGUUUGACGAGGAAGAGGCGCCACUCAACUUUGGGUUCUACUUCUACCUCGGCCCUGGAUAGGCUGAUCCAUGCUGAUCCCUGUUCGGAUGUUCCGCUAAAACGGAUCCCCGAAGAAGUAAGGGAGGCGAUGGCUCGAUAUGCCAGGGCUCCGAUUUUGGGAGAGGACCCUUUGGCUCACGUGGGAUCCUUGGUGGGCCCCGAGGCUGCUCGGGAGAAUCUGCUUCGUGCUAACCCGCAGUGGAGGGUUCCUGGGGCCGAAGAGAGGAAUCCGGCAAUGAUGGCCCAGUACUAUCUGAACGAGGCUGUUUUCUGGUCUUCGUUCGCUUCCGAGUGUAGCUCGGUUGAGGAGAAACAACUGAGGAAAUAUCGUGAGGCUUAUGCUCGUGAUAUUCCCAUUUUGGACCAGAAGGCUGGGCAACUCCUCUCCGAGCUUACGGAACUCAAGCAGCUGUACCUUCACUAUAGUCGCGAGGCUAGAGAGUCUGCUGAGAAGAUCGGGACCGAGGUUGGCCAGCUCAUCUUCCGAGUUGAAGAGGAUGCUGAGAAGAUCGCUUCCUUUGCUGAGGAGAAGAAGGAUAUGGCCGCUAAGUUCGCUAGCGAACUUGAGGAAAAAGAUAGACUCUUCCAGGAGAUGAAGUCUAAAUUUGAAGCGGCCGACAAGGAGCGUAAAGAGGCGGAGUUAAGGCUCCACCAUUUUGUCCAGCAUCGGGAGCUGAUCCAGCAGCAAGCUGAUAAGGUGCCUGUCCUUCGGCUGAAGCUUCGGGAAAAAGAUGACUAUAUUCGGAAGCUGGAGCAGGAGCGAGUCAACCUCUACACUGCUGAUCAGUGUAGAGAGCAGUACUGGAACGGCAUCCUGGGUGCUCGGCGCAUGUUUGCGAAGCACAUGCCUCACUUCCCUUGGAACGAGAAAGUUCCUCUAUGGAUGCAGGCCGAGGACCACUUGGUGGAAUGCCAAGCUGAUCGAGAUGAAGCUGAAGCUGAACGCCAAGCUGCUCUUGCAGAGGCUCGGGCCCAGAAGGCAACUUCCGAAGGUGAUACCACUGCUGGGGGUUCUUCGAAGGAUGCUCCCCUAGGGGCCGCUUCUGAGACUCCCAAGAGUUAGGGAUUCGGG